UCACAAACCACGGUCUGCUGGUGUCAGUGAAUUACAGAAAAAGUACAAGUUAAAUAUGAUUAAGAAGUUUCAGUGUUUGAAUGGAGUGAUGAUAAACCUGGGAACCCAAACACUCCUGAAUGAGAUCUACACAGAGCUCUAUAUCACAGAGGGAGACAGUAAAGAUGUCAAUAAUGAACAUGAGGUGAGACAGAUUGAAACAGCAUCCAGGAGAACAACAACAGAGGAAACACCAAUCAAAUGCAAUGACAUCUUUAAGCCUUUACCUGAACAAGACAAACCAAUCAGAACUGUGCUGACAAAAGGAGUCGCUGGCAUCGGAAAAACAGUCUCUGUGCAGAAGUUCAUUCUGGACUGGGCUGAAGGGAAAGUAAAUCAGGACGUCCACCUCAUAUUUCCACUUCCUUUCAGAGAGCUGAACUUGAUGAAGGACCAGAAACUGAGUCUGAUGGAGCUCCUUCAUGUCUUUUUUAAGGAAACAGAAAUGUUCAGUUUGGAAAAGGUUCUGUUCAUUUUUGACGGAUUGGACGAGUGUUGUUUUCCUCUAGAUUUCCAGAACACAGUGAGAGUGUGUGAUGUAACUGAAUCAGCAUCAGUGCCUGUGCUGCUGAUAAACCUGAUCAAAGGGAAUCUGCUUCCCUCUGCUCUCAUCUGGAUCACCUCCAGACCUGCAGCAGCUGAUCAAAUCCCCUCUGAGUGUGUGGAUCGAGUCACAGAGAUACGAGGGUUCAAUGACCCACAGAAGGAGGAGUACUUCAGGAAGAGGAUCAGUGAUCAGAGCCUGGCCAAUAACGUCAUAACACACCUGAAGUCAUUAAGGAGCCUCUACAUCAUGUGUCACAUCCCAGUCUUCUGCUGGAUUUCAGCCACUGUUCUAGAGAGAAUGUUGGGUGAAGCAGAGAAUGGAGAGAUCCCCAAGACUCUGACUCAAAUGUACACACACUUCCUCAUCAUUCAGACAAACAUCAUAAGAGAAAAAUACUCAAAGAAGCAGGAGAGUGAUGAAGAAAUGCUUCUUAAACUGGGACAACUGGCUUUUCAGCAGCUGAUGAAAGGGAACCUGAUCUUCUAUGAUGAAGACCUGAGAGAGUGUGGUAUUGAUGUGAGAGAAGCAGCAGUGUACUCAGGUGUGUGUACUCAGAUCUUCAGAGAGGAGUUUGGGCUUCACCACAGUAAAGUGUACUGCUUUGUUCAUCUGAGCAUUCAGGAGCAUCUCGCAGCUCUGUAUGUGCACCUGACCUUCAUGAAGGAGAAGAUUAAUGUUCUUAAACACAGUCAGGUUCUUAACACAAUCUCAGAUGUCCACAUCUGGGCUGUAGAUCAGGCCUUGGAAACUAAGACUGGAUGUCUGGACCUUUUCCUUCGCUUUCUUUUGGGUCUUUCACUGGAGUCCAAUCAGAAACUCUUAGAAACCUUUAUAACACAGACAGGAAGUAGCCCCCAGAGCAAAGAAGAAACAGUUCAGUACAUUAAGAAGAUGAUCACUGAAGAUAUUCCUACAGAGAAAUCCAUCAAUCUGUUCCACUGUCUGAAUGAACUGGGUGAUAAUUCACUAGUCGAGGAAAUCCAACACUACCUGAAAUCUGGAAAACAACAAAAACUAUCUUCUUCACAGUGGUCUGCUCUGGUGUUUGUGUUACUGACCUCAGCACAGGAGCUGGAGGAAUUUGACCUGAGUAAAUAUAGUUCAGAGAAGAUAACGGAUCUGGCUCUUCUGAAGGUGAUGCCUGUGAUUGCAGCAUCCAAAAAAGCAGUUAUUCAGCAUGUAACACUAAAAGAGAAAAGUUGUGCAGCUUUGGCCUCAGUGCUCAGCUCUGAAUACUCCAAACUAAGAGAACUGGAUCUGUCUGGGAGUAAACUAGGAGACUCAGGAGUGAAAAGUCUUUCUGCUGGACUGAAGAAUCCUCACUGUAAACUGGAGACAAUGAGGUUGUGUGAUUGUGGUGUCUCAGAUGAAGGCUGUGCUGCUCUGACUUCAGCUCUGAGAUCAAACCCCUCACACCUGAGAGACCUGGAUCUGUCUGAGAAUAAACUUGGAGAUUCAGGAGUAAAGAUUCUCUCUGCUCUACUGGAGAAUCCUCUCUGUAACCUGAAGACACUGAGGUUGUGUGCUUGUGGUGUCUCAGAUGAAGGCUGUGCUGCUCUGACUUCAGCUCUGAGAUCAAACCCCUCACACCUGAGAUACCUGGAUCUGUCCUAUAAUAAUCUAGAAGACUCAGGAGUGACGAUUCUCUCUGUUGUACUGGAGAAUCCUCUCUGUAACCUGGAGACACUGAGGUAA